AUGGAGGGACGCGCGCUCCCGCCCGGCCCCGCCCGCGGGGGCCGAGGGGCGCGGGGUCGGGGUCGCGGCGGGGGCCGGGGCCGGGGCCGGGCUGCGGAGCGGCUGCCCCGGGCCCCCCAUCCCGGCCCGGCCCCGACCCCACGCCCCGGCGGGGCCGGCGCCGCGGCCGUGGACGAGCGGCUGCUGCGGGCCCUGAGGGGGCUGAGCCUGGGACCCCCGCGGGGCGGCGGCGGCGGGAGGCUGGUGCUGCUGCGGGGGCUGCCGGGCGCCGGCAAGAGCACCCUGGCCAGACAGCUGAAACGUGACCACCCCAGUGCUGUAGUCCUUAGUACUGAUGACUUCUUUGUUGAAAAUGGUGUUUACGUCUUUGAGCCUGACUUCCUGGAGGAUGCACACAAGUGGAACCAGAAAAGAGCACGCAAAGCAAUGAAGAAUGGGAAAAGCCCGGUUAUUAUUGAUAAUACCAACAUCCAUGCUUGGGAAAUGAAGCCAUAUGUGAUGAUGGCACAUGAAAACAGAUACGAAGUUACAUUCCAAGAACCAGACACACCCUGGAAGUUCAACGUUCAAGAACUGACAAGAAGAAAUAUUCAUCAUGUCCCUCGGGAAAAGAUACAACGGAUGAAAGAACAAUAUGAGCACAAUGUAACCUUCCACAGUGUUCUCCGGGCUGAAAAACCAAGCAGGGAUGAGGGAAGCUACAGUGGAGCAAGUGCAGCUUAUGGGACAGGUCUCCAUCCCACCCACCUUUCUGCCGUCCCAAGGAGGAGGCCUGGCACGGCACGUAUGAAUGUGACAUUUAACUGAAGAUGUGCAUUCCUCGGUGUUUUAAUUAUCAGGGUACAAGAGUCUCUAGUUUUACAUUUUUUUCUAAACUGUUUUUUAUUCUUGUGUUUUUCUACUACAUUUCUAAAUUACUUCUAUUUCUUACAAAUCUUUAAAUGACAUUGGACCAUGAUCUCACAGCUCUACACAAGCACUGUAAGAGCACUGCACCCAGUACAAACUGUACUCCAUCUCAUCUCUCUUCUUCCAUGAAAAUCCAUCCAGGUAUAUGUGAAAUGCACUGGGCUCUACCACAUGCCACAUUUCAGUUAUUUUUUUCUGCAUCAUAGUCUGACACUAGCAAUGAAGAUUCCUAACUCAUUUCUGUCUUAAGGCCAUUGUGGCCAAUUCUUUCCCCACACAAUUGGCAUUUAUUGCCAUUUUAAUGCUUUAUAUCUGACUGUAUAAACUUUUUGUAUCUACUACCUUGCCUACAGCACUAUUGGGACUUUCAGAGGCAAAGUGAAUGAUGGCAAAAGUAGCUCAACAGAUGGCAGCAAUAUCUGAUGCUGUUCCCUCUCUCCACUGACUGGAUUCAUGCUUCUCUUACCUCACACACAAACAGCUUCUCCAGCCUGCAAGCAAAACACUUCAACAGAGCAAACUUAGCUCUUCAUCCUGCCAAGACAUAGGAGUUCACUGGUCCCAAGAUGCAGAGGUUCCUAAAAUGAAACAUUAGUGUUAGGCUUGUGUGUGUCAACUCCUAAGUGGGAACAGGGCUACAGGAGCAGCUUUGAACAGCUGAAGCAGAAACACAGACCCAAGAGCUAUUUAAUAGUAACUCUGCAUGGCAUUUUGCUGUGAAUCAAAUGAUCACAGUAUUCUUUAAACCUCUCUUAGUGCUAUAUGGAAAGUCUGAGGAGAAAAGUACAAGAACUGUGCCAGAAUAGCAGAGCAAUAUUUCGGAAUUAAAGUGUUUUGUUUGGUGAAGAGAACUCUUUAUUAUGCUCUGUGCCACUUUGGACAGCCAAACAACUAUUCUAAUGUUGCAGAGGGUAACAAAACGGAUGGCUUUAGAAUGAUACCAAGAUCCUGCUGUAAUAUAAGAACACAGAAUCAAUGGCUUACAAAAUGUCAUCAAACCCUCAGCCACACUGAUGCUAUUGUACAAUACAUCUUUGUUACAAGUGUUUACCUACUAAACAUCAAACUAUUUUGCAAAUGAAGUGUUAUUUAAUGAGUCUGUUUUUGUAAUAGAACUUUAUUAAAUACAAUCAAGUUUUAA